AUGCUCAUGUCCCUCGAUCAAUUCUCUUCCACGCAGACCACCAGCAGCGGCAGCAACGCCCACGACGCGCCCCAGUACGAGGACGACGACGACUCGCCGCGGUUUUUCGACAUUCCUCGCUACCGAUCCAACAACAACAUCACCGCACAGGCCAACAAUUGGCAGCAGGGCCACGGCCCCUCGUACAGCUCCGACAUGGACGCGGACGAUGCCAGCCGACCGUCGAACCAAAUCUCCCGCGGACGACGAAGCAACAGCAGCACGACCCACAACGAAGCCUACGCGCGCCUGAACAGUGGCCGCCCGCCGCCUUCACGAAGCAAUCAUGCCAGGGGCGGGCGCGGCAGCAAGAGUAGUAGCAUCACAAGCCUUGAGCAGCCACAGGCGAGCAGCGCCAAGUUGCGCCACGCACCCAAUCGUUCCGCCAGCUUUGACAACAGCCUGCCGCAAUCCAAACUGCAGGUCUACCCUCAGCUCGAGGACGUGCCCCAGUCGCCCUUUCGCUCCGACUUUAUCAACAGCUUCCUCACGGAGGACUUUGACGCCGCCCCGACACCGACUAUACCGGGAGGGCCUCGACGGGAGCCAUCCGGCCUCGAGGACCGACCGCGCAACCGUAGCACGAGCCGGUCCGUCAAGAGCUCAUCGGGACGCGGCAAGGCGCAAACACGGGAGCCCGCACCUCCCAUGCCCUCCAAGGCAGCCGCCAUCAUGGAUCUCGACGCCGCCCCAGCCCCUAACGUUGGCUAUGGCAAGUCCAAGGAGCCGCCGGCUAGCAGCAGCGCGCAGAGCCCGUCGGCACCCACCGCGGCGGCGGCGCCCAAGGAGAAGCCAGGGUUCUUCAAAAGAGUGUUUGGUGGCGGUUUCGGCGGGGGAUCAAGCAGCCCCGAUCCCGUCCAGCAGCCCACGACCGGAUCGACACCCCCAUCACGCGAUCGUGACAUGCCCUCGUCGCACUCGAACCACCCGCCGUUGCAGAAGAAGUCGUCCUCGUUCUUUCGUCGCCGCAAGAAGUCUGUGGCCGACGAGACAGCGCCCGCCUCGGACGCGCCGCCCGUUCCUCCCAUCGCUGCUGCCAACCUCAAUCUGCAAAACGUCGCGCCUAGCCCCGCUGGUAGUCUACGCCAGGCUAUGGACCCGUACCUCCACGAAGCGCCUGGGACACCCGCAGAGAAGAAGCAGCACCCAGAGUACCAGCGCGAGUUCUCGCCCGACUACGAGCCGAGUCCGAACGCCCGCAUACGAAAGGUGCCCUCGCUGGAGCUCGAUACGCCUUCCAAGACACCCACCAGGGACAACUCGUUCCUGGAUCUGGAUUGCGGGAGCGAUAACGAGGUGCUGACGCCCAAGGUGAAGAAAUCCAAGGACGACACGAUCCGGCCCAGGAAGAAGAAGUCCUCGAGGCGAUUGCCGAUUCAAAACAUCCAGACAGGGAACAGCUCCUCGCUGUCGCUACCCAAGGAGGGCACAAAGGGCAGCGCCUCGCCGAGGUCGCCCGCCAGCAUCGCACCAGACGUGAAGAUCGACGGACCCAUGGGCGAGCUGGACGAGCCCAUCUUUGUGAUUGGGGAGCCUACCGAAGACGACAGGCAGAAGGCACAGCAGAUCUACGACGGCAACGAAGAUUUCAUUUCGCAGGAGAAGGCGGCUGCGUGGAUGGGCGAGGAGGGGCCAAUCCGGCAGCGCACCCUGCAGGCGUACAUGGAGCUGUACGACUUUGUCGACAAGAGCAUCGUGUGGUCACUGAGGCAGGUCUGUCUACGACUAGUGUUCCGCGCCGAGACGCAGCAGAUGGACCGGAUUCUGGUCGCCUUCUCUAAGCGGUGGUGUCACUGCAACCCGAACCACGGCUUCAAGGCGACGGACGUGAUCCACACGAUCUGCUACUCGAUCAUGCUUCUCAACACUGAUCUACACAUGGCCGACAUUGAACAGAACAUGACGCGCAGCCAGUUCGUCAAGAAUACCAUGGGCACCAUCACGCAGGCUGUCCUUGAGGCAGCACCAGAUGCCUUUGAGCGCCGUCCAAGUAUCUUGGCGGACAAGAACUCCAUGCUGAGCCCGGAUGAACCCAGCACGCCUACGCCUACCGAGGAGCGAAAGUCUUUCCGCAACUCUUUCCGACCCCCGCCCCGGAUCGAUUCGCAGGGCGUCAUGGAGGGUGUGGAGGACUGCGGCCCGUUGGUCAAGUCGCCGCACCACGGAUCGCAGAAGAGCUGGGAGGAGCUCGUGGAGCUCGUGCUCAAGGGUAUCUACUCGUCCAUCCGCGACGAGAAACUGCCCCUGUUCGGCGCGGACCCCACCAAGCCCAUGGCAGCGCCUCCCGCGCAGCUGUCCGUCAUGGGGAUGCUCAAGCGGACGCCUAGCGUGCUGAGCAAGGCUCCCUCCGAGGGCAAUCUGUCAAGCCGUGGCCGCGUGACGGAGAGUCGGGGCACCGCCUCGCGCUGGACGUCCAAAAGUCGCUCACGGCCAGGCCUCGGCCGGAAUGGGUUCAACUCUAGCCGCACUAGUUUUGAGGAUGGGAGCUCCAUAUGGAGCCCGAACCUGUCCUCGGCCACCUGGAGUCGGCAGUCCCUGGGCCGUACGCAGGCCUCUGCGUCGCAAGACUCGUUCGGAUCGGCCAUGCCCCGCGGUGAUUACCAGGCGUCCAUUGGGUUUGCCAACGCUCUGAGCCAGGCCAUCAUCCGCGAUGAGGAAGCGUACGGUGACGGCUCGCCCUCGGUUCUCAGUGCUGAUCUGUCCGCCACGCAGUUGCUGGAGGAUGAGUCAUUGGAACUCAUGGGACCGCCCUGGAUGAAGGAGGGUCUUGUCAUCCACAAGCACCACCUUGAUGGCGUUGACAAGAAGGCUAGGGAGCGCAACUGGUCCGAGGUCUUUGUCGUCAUCCAAAAGGGGCAGAUGAGUCUCUUUUCUUUCACAUCGACCAAGUCACAGCGCCAAAAGAGUCGGUCGAGGGCGGCUGGUCCCGUGGGUGGCGGCAACUGGCAGGACAAUGCUACGACGGUUGGUUCAUUCAGUCUCCGACAAACACUUGCCUCCGCGCUGCCGCCGCCCGGAUACUCGAGGACGAGGCCUCACGUGUGGGCGCUGAGCCUGCCCACGGGCGCAGUCCACCUGUUCCAAGUGGGCACGCCCGAGCUGAUCAAGGAGUUUGUCACGACGGCCAACUACUGGAGCGCACGCCAGAGCACGCACCCUCUCGUGGGCGGCAUCAGCAAUAUAGAGUAUGGCUGGAGCGGUGCCAUUGUGAACAAUGCGUUGGUCAGUGCCAUCAACGAACCACGCCCGCCUCGUCCUGGCAGCAGCGCCGCGCAUGGCCGCAAAUCGAGUGUCAGCAGCUUCCGAUCCGCGAGUAUCGACCAGGCCACUGCCGCCUUCACACACGCCACGGGACGAGGCAAGCUGCCUGGCGACAGGAUCCACAUCUCCGACUGGACGCCGCCGUCUCAGUCCCUCCGCCCCUCCAACGCAGGCGAGGCCGACCAGCUGGCCACGCUGCAGGCGUACGUCAAGAGCAUCGAGGACGACCUCCAGGCGCAUAACCAGCUCCGGAGUCCGAUGCUUCUUGCCUUCACGCCCCGGGGCCACAAUGCCAUCAAGGCCAUGGCCAACUGGGAGCGCAAGAGCGCGUAUCUGCUGCGCGAGAUUGUCAAGUUCCGGACCUAUGUGGACUGUCUGCAGCAGGCGGACACGCGCAAGCAGCAAGUCUACGCCGAGAGGGACCUGGCGCACCGUGCAGCGCGGGGUGAGCUGUCGGAUGGUGACAUGGACGUGAGCGGUGGUGAGGAGGAGCAUGAGGAGGACGAGGCGGCUGAUGAUACGCUUAGGGCGUGA